AUGGUGCCCACGCCCCAGGUGUGCGUAUCAACCCUGGUCACGGUGAGCACGAUGGCAGUGGUGGACCUUUACCUGCUGGAGCAGAGUAUGCUGGGGGCUCGUGGCAUCCCCGGACCCAGUGUGUGGCAGUGUGCGGCAGUGUUGCUAGGAGAUGUGGGCUUCCUUCUCGCGCUGCGUUUCGUGUCAGCUGGGGUGGUGUCAGAGGCGCGGUCGCCACGUCGCGGCUUUGCCAACGCGCUCUGGUUCUUGUUCCUGUCCCUGCUCCAGCUCAAGCUCUUCUUCGUCUGUCAUAACUACAGGCAGGAGCGUCGGCCACCCGACCCGCUGGCCAGGAAAACCCUGACGCUGCUGCUGUCCAUCUGCCUGCCAUCCCUGUUUCUGAUCCUGACAGGAGCUGACCACAUGACGCCGCAGCGUAGGAAGCAGGAGGUGCGGGGCCGGCUCCUGUGGGUGGUGGUGGACCUUCUGGAUGUGCUGGACCUGCAGGCGGGGCUGUGGGAAGCCCAAGGAGGGGGUACAGUGGCAACAGCGGGCACCCCUGAGCAGAAGCUGCCCAUUUGGGCUGAGGGCUUGGUCUUCUUUUACUGCUACGCCCUCCUGCUGCUGCUGCCGUGUGUUGCCCUCACAGAGCUGGGGGCCACUGGACUUCCAGGGCAGAGGGGGCCCCGUAAGGAGGCUUUGUACCCUUGGCUCAGCUUGAUCACCAUCAACAUCUUCACCCUGGCCCUGAGGGGCACAGGCAUGCUGUGGUACAGGGACCCUCGAGUCUCCACUGUGUUCCUGGGGAAGAACCUACUGGCUCUGGCUGUGAAGCUGAGCUCAGCCUGGGAAAGACACAAGCAGGAGCGUAGUGCUGGGGGAUCUGGGGCCGUGGCUGGAGCAGAACCAGCAGACUCAACCGUGCCAAGCCAGAGCUCAGAGCAGGGAGAGGGCCAGGCUCAGGGCAAAGCUCCUCCCUCGCACUAUCACACACUGUCUCGCUCCCAAAGCCACACUCUCUCCCACGUCAGCCUGGAGCCCACAGAGACGCCCUUAGGACCCUCUUUCAUCUCCCAUGAACUCUAG